GACGACGGUAUUCGCGAUAUAACUAUAAACAUACCUUUGGAUUGUGUGGACGCGGAAGACUUUAAAAAUCUUAACGGAUCGCAAUAUUUUAUUGGCAACGAAAAUUACAUCGCCGACUAUGAGGUUGAUGGUUCUGGUGACGAUUAACAACAUCUAGAUAUUCAUUCGGAUGCUUUGAAGCGAGAACUAAUAUAUCCGCCUAGAGAAGAAUUUAUGCAUUCGUAUUUAUUAUAAUGAAGCAUCAAUCCGUUUGUUGGAAUUUUGUGGAGACGGAUUUAAAAGAAGACGGAUACAAAUUAUCACAGCUAUUUGGUGAUGCGAGCCAAUGCGUUUUUAGCCGCGGGCGACAAAACGGUCAUAGACAUGUUUGAUUCCGAUGUUUAUAGAUCGAUCAAAGCGCCCGAAGUCAAAGCUUUUUUCAACGAUCAAAUUGCUUGCGAAACGAUUCAUCAAAUUUCCUAUUCUAAAAUAUUGGAAUUGUGCGAUUCCAACGAGUAUCUCAAAUAUCUAUGUUCGGAUGAUUUUAUAAACGCCAUUUCGUAUCCUCUAUCAAAAUUCAAUAGUUAUUUGCGUUCUAAAAAAUAUAAUGAAAAUUUGUCGAUUAUGGUUUUCGUAUCGAUGUGCACGGAACGGCUAAUGUUUUGCGUGUCGUUUGCGAUAAACAUGUUCGUCGGUGCUCUCGGAUACGGUAAUAAAAUUGCCGAAAUCACAAGAACGGUGAUGCGCGACGAAAACUUACACUACCAACACGCACGAGGAUUGCUGUUUUUAAAUUUGGAAAAAAUCGAAAAGAUCGAAUUGAACACUAUAUCUAUAGCUUUCCGAACGACCAUGCACGAAGUCUUGUAUAGAUUGUUCGUUUUGAACUGGGACAACAGGAGCAAUGCCGUUAAAAACGACAAGCGCAUGGCCGACGUCGAAAUGAAAAAAAGAAUGAGUUAUCUCAAGUCUAGCGAUUACUUUGAUUAUGAAUAUUACAAUAUGCUUUAUGAAACCGGACUUUUGAAAAAACUACCAAAAAGAAUAGCGAAGAUGCGAGAUCACGACUUUUCGUUUAUGUUUAUGAAUCUAAACGAACAAGAAUCGGCGUCGAAUCUAAUGGAAUCUACUUCUACCAAUUACGCGACGGAAGGAACUUUAUAAUAAAUUUUUAUAAGAAUAUCUAUUGUACACUAUUAUAUUGUAUUUUCUCGCCACUCUGGACAAUACGUCGCUAUUAUACUCUAAAUUUAUCACAUGUGUG